AAAAACAGACUCGCUCCUUACUCCUUAGACAGUAGAGAAACGAUGGCGACGGUGCCCGCGCUGGUCUUGGUUGCUUUCAUACUCGCGACGGAUACGAUCGGAGCUUUUCCUUUGCACGGGGGUGUGUCCAAUUCAGGCAGACUGCUGGCCUUGCGAACGAACAUGAAAACGCCGCUGCGGAGGCCACGUGCGGCUGUGAGUCAGGCCUACAGACGACGAGCAUGCGUGCCCAGGGCCAACGCGGGCGGGGACUUGGAGGAUGACGCUAGGAUCGUCAGGCAGGCGAAAGCGUGGGUGCGAGACGUGGUGGUGAAGCUACGGCUUUGCCCGUUCGCGGAGGCGGUUUUCAACGCGAGGAGAGGCGUUCGGUACGUGGUAACGCCCGCCGAGACGACGGACGAGGUUUGGAGAGAGUUCUUGCUGGAGGUGGACUUCCUCAUGGACCACGACCGGGAGGAUGUAGGGACAACUUUGUUGAUUGCACCGCGUUUUCUCAGCGAUUUCCGCGAGUUCAACGACUUCUGCAGAUGGCUGGAGGAGGCAAUCGAAAACGAUGAGGCCCUCGUUGACCAGGUGCUGGUGGCGUGCUUUCACCCCAGGCAUGCCUUCCACGGCCUGGAACAGGACGACGUGCUAAACUACGAAAAGAGGUCUCCGCACCCGACCAUCAACCUACUAAGGGCGGACAUGGUGGACGAGUACAUCGCCAUGGGGAGAACGCUCGGCAUCGCAGAGCACAACGAGAGGAGGUUACACCAGGAGGGCAAGGACGUCGUUAAGGCUGCUUUUGAGGCCACACUUGCUCUGGAGUGACUGCUGUAGACCCGCAGGAAAACAUCCAACAACUCGGACUCGCCACCAUUGCAUCGCCCGACCCAUAUUUUGUACCUGUUGCCUGUGUGUCCAACACUGACUACCGCUAGGGUCGGUGUCCGGGCUAGAGGUCUUACCAUCGUCGUUGAAUUGUCCUCCCCGUAAUGCAACGAGAAGAGUGAAGAUUAACGUCGUACCGGCGUAAC